AUGAACGAAACCCAUACAGUGCCCAACGACCUGUGCGAUGCAUGCAAAACGAUCCCCUCUCUCCGUGAGCUGAGCAACAGUUACUAUCGUCUCCACGACACCUUUCAAGAAUUCCAAUCAUGUCGCUGCCCUUUCUGUCGCUGGUUAUACACAUAUGUAGAAUCUAAAUCGCAGUAUCGAAACGAUAUCAAGAAGAUCGCUGAGGACAAUGGUGCGGUGGAGCUGUUUGGGAAUAUGGCUUUUCCUAAGGGGACUAAUGACUUACAGUCACUUACGUUGGAUUCUGGGUCGGAGGCAACUUUAUUUAUGUUGUAUCUGUUUGCGCGUCAUGAUAACCCAGCUGCGGAUUAUAUAUGGGGCCGGCUUGUGGACAACGACACUUCUUCUGACGAUGCGGUCUCCCUUGUUAGAUCCUGGCUAUCAACAUGCGAGAGUAAUCAUCCAAAAUGCAGUGUAUCAGGGGACGAUUUCUCUUUGCCUACCUACCUGAUUGACCUGGGUGAAACCCACCCGGAUCAGGAACACACAGCGAAAAUACGUCUAAUUCAGACAAGCCCAACCCAGCAAGACCGACGAUACAUCGCUCUGAGCUACGUCUGGGGUGUAGCAACGCAGCCAAUCAUGCUGACAAAAGCCACAAUAUCAACCUUGAUGAACGACAUCCCUGAGACGAACCUACCUCAAACCCACCGUGACGCUAUCCGCGUAGCCCGUUGGCUGAACGUGCGAUACAUCUGGAUCGACGCGCUAUGCAUCAUACAAGAUGACGAUAAAGAGAACAAAAUGAAAGAAAUCGGACGCAUGCAUCAUACGUUCGGUAACUCCUUUCUCACCGUACAGGCUAGUCGCGCCGCUUCUGUGCAUGACGGAUUUCUGGGCCCUCGAGUCGAGAUCGAAGAAGUGCCUGAGCUUCCGUACCCAUCAGGCAAAGCAGGCGACAAAAGCCAAAUCUUUGUGCGCACAAAAGUGUCCUUCCACUCCGACGGUCCCACGGGUGCCAGAGCAUGGUGUUACGAGGAAAGCAUCCUGCCCCUACGCGUUCUGAGUUAUACCAAAGAACGAAUCGUAUUCAGAUGCAUGCAACAUACGUGCGACGACUACGGACGAGUCUCAAAGGCACGCGUGAAAAGUCCCCAUGUGUUUCUGAAUCCUUCACCGUGGUAUCAAAACACACGUGCACCAAAGUCUGCCUGGCGUUCGGAUCCGACUCUUGAUUUGUUGAAGGUCUGGUACUGGAUUCUGGAUAUUUAUUAUACGCCUCGCCUCCUCACGAAACCAGGUGAUAGACUUGUCGCUAUUGGCGGUCUUGUGCGAAAGUUCAGAGAGCGUAUGCCCGGUGCGUACAUCGCGGGUUUGUGGCAGAUAGAUCUACCCUGGGGUCUGUUGUGGGAAUGUCGACGCGGCAAAGCGAGCGCGUUUUUGGGUGCAGAGAUCAUGAGUGCAUCGGGGCAAACGAAUUCCUUCAGGCUUUCCAUGACGCGGCCAGAGCAUCAUCAGAAGAGGGCACCGUCGUGGUCUUGGGCGGCGCUGAAUGGGCCUACUUCUCAUCCCGACGUGGGAUUUAGGUUUUAUUACAAGGGAGAGCUCAUUGGGAUGAAGAGGCGGAUCUUAUCUAGGAUCGAAGAAGUCCCGCAUCCACUAGCUGAUAGUAGCCCCGGGAGAAGUGGACUAGGAGAGUUUGAAGGGAACGGGGCUUUAUACAUCACUGCUCCGCUCUUUCUGAUGGAUGUGGUAUACAAAAGCGACGAACCCGAGCGAUGGAACAGCCUAUAUGAGCAAGCUCUAGCCGUAUACAAAAGAAACGACGUGGCAGUUGGAAGGCGACCUUUGACAAUUUUGCGAUCUCCGCGAGUAGCUGAUGACGAGCAGAUGUGGGACGACCUACCAGCAGGACAUUUGCAACUCGAUCUCGAUGAAGUUGACUACAAGCCCAGUAAAGUAUGGUGUUUGUUACUCGUCGAUGGACUAGGACUCGUUUUGGAUGCUGUCGACGAAGAGAAGAAUGUCUUCGUUCGUACGGGGACGUUUCAUACUACGACGGGUGUUUGGCUGGAGUCGCUGAAUGAUGUUACUCCGACAACCAUCUGUAUUCUUUGA